GGUUAGUUGUCAGUGGAGGGAACUUAAACAGCUGGUAAGCAUCACAGGUUAGAGAAGCGUUUACGAAAGGAUGAUACUUCAUGGCUAUCGGUCGAUUAUCAGAGCAUUUUAGUGGAUUACUGAAUAAAACCAAAGGUUUUUUCCAAGACGAUGAGUACAGAGGGCUCCUCCAGGGGCUCAUGGAGAGGAGGGAGCAAUGGAGGGAGAGGAUCUGGUAACGCAUGGAGGGGAGGUGGAGGGAGUGGAUGGAGAGGAGGAGGAGGAGGAGGGAGUGGAUGGAGAGGAGGAGGAGGAGGAGGGAGUGGAUGGAGAGGAGGAGGAGGGGGUGGAUGGAGAGGAGGAGGAGGGAGUGGAUGGAUAGGAGGUGGGAGUGGGAGGAGACCGUGGAGAGGUGGUUCAGCAACAGCAGGAGGAGGAUCAGGGAGCCCAGCUGUCAGCUCUCAGAGAGCUCCCAUCCAGACCACUCUAGAUGAGCUGUGUCCUUACAAAGGCUGGGCUCUGUACUUUACACAAGGUUUCAUAGAGAGCUCCCCCAGUGUGGAGAAGAUCAAAGUGUUUGAGAAAUACUUCACUUCUCGGAUCCACCUGUAUGAUAAGGAUGAGAUUGAGCGUCAGGGCAGCGUGCUGGUGGAUUACACAGAUUUAAUUGGGGACCAACGUGUGCGUGAAGCGCUCUCUGAUAUCGUGGCUGACCUGCAGGAGCAGCCAGAGGUCAUGCUGAACUGUCUGGGAGUGGCCAUUCAUCAGGUGUUGACCGCAGAUUUGGAAAAACAAGCUGCUGAGCUCCAAGACGAUGAGCUUCCCGUCACCGCACCCAUCAUCAAUAUUCCUCAUAUCAGCGUAAGGUUGUAUAACUACGAGCCACUCACUCCUCUGCGGACUCUGCGAGCCAGCGUGUUCGGCCGGCUGGUGUGUGUUAGAGGAACCGUAGUCCGAGUGAGCAGCAUCAGACCUCAGUGCACCAGGAUGGCGUUCAAGUGCCAGAUCUGUGGCGGCACUCUGACCAUACCACUGCAGCACGGGAAAUAUGCGACACCCAGCAAAUGUUCCCAGCCUGGAUGUCGAGCUCGUACCUUCAUCCCCCUUCGCAGUUCUCCCUUUACAAAAACAGUAGACUGGCAAAUCAUCAAGGUGCAGGAGUUGGUGGGCGGCGAGCAGAGGGAGACUGGACGAAUCCCUCGCACUGUGGAGUGCCACCUGACCUCUGACCUCUGCGACAGCUGCGUCCCUGGAGACACCGUCACUGUCACAGGGAUAGUCAGAGUUAUUAACGACGGUACUACCAGGGGAAAUAAAGACCAGUGCAUGUUUCUCCUCUACAUUGAGGCUAUUUCAGUCAGUAACAGCAAAGGUAAGCUUUCCAAAUCAGGAGGCGAUGAGUCUGGAGGUUCCAGGGAAGAUCGAACAGGAGGAGAGGAGUUCAGUCUGAAGGAGCUCUAUGCCAUCCAGGAGAUCCAGUCCCAGCCAAACUUGUUAAGGCUCAUCGUACACUCCCUGUGUCCUGUCAUCUACGGCCAUCUUCUGGUGAAAGCUGCCCUGGCUUUGGCGUUAUUUGGAGGCAGACAAAAACAUACAGAUAAGAGCAGUGUGCCAGUGAGAGGAGAUCCACACAUCCUGAUAGUGGGAGAUCCUGGACUGGGAAAGAGUCAAAUGUUACAGGCAGUGUGUAACGUGGCUCCCAGGGGAAUCUAUGUCUGCGGCAAUAGCACAAGCACCACAGGACUAACGGUGAGUCUGUCCAGAGAGGCAGGAACAGGAGAUUACGCUCUGGAGGCAGGUGCCUUAGUGCUGGCUGACCAAGGUCUUUGUUGCAUCGAUGAGUUCGAUAAGUUGGGCAGCCAGCAGCAGGCUCUGCUGGAAGCCAUGGAGCAGCAGUCAGUGAGUCUGGCUAAAGCCGGCAUUGUCUCUUCUCUGCCGGCGAGGACGUCUGUUGUUGCCGCUGCCAACCCCAUCGGAGGGCACUACAACAGAGGGAAGACCGUCUCAGAGAAUUUAAAAAUGGGCUCAGCCCUUCUGUCCCGCUUCGAUGUCGUGUUUCUUCUUCUGGACAUCCCGGAUGAGUCCCACGAUCGUCGGCUGUCAGAACACGUCAUGGCAAACAGGGCGGGGAAAGGCAGAACCAGCAGCGCCACAGUCACCAGGACCAGUAAGGACCUAGAGACCUCCAUCCUGCUGCAGCACUCCACCCUGCCGCUGUCUGAGCGCCUGCAGGUUCCAGGAAAUGAAUCGAUGGAUGUGAUCCCAGCGUGUUUGUUAAGGAAGUACAUCAGCUACGCCCGUCAGUACGUCAAACCCACGCUGUCUCCCGAAGCAGCCAAAACUCUUCAGGACUUCUAUCUGUCUCUGAGGUCCCAGGCGCACUCCACCGACGCCACACCCAUCACCACGCGGCAGCUGGAGUCCUUAAUAAGACUGACCGAGGCAAGAGCCAAAUUAGAGCUUAGAGAAGUGGCCACCAAAGAUGAUGCUGAGGACGUCGUUGAGAUCAUGAAGCACAGCCUGGCUGAUACGUACUCAGACGGCCUGGGGAACCUGGACUUUGAGCGCUCACAGCUGGGCUCCGGCAUGAGUCAGCGCAGCGCUGCAAAGCGACUGGUCAACGCGCUCCACUCACACGCUCAGCGGACCAAUCAGAAGCAGUUUGACCUGCAGAUGCUUCGCUCAAUUGCUGACAAAAUGAACAUAAAGGUUUUGGAUUUUCAAGGUCUGCUGAGUUCCCUCAAUGAACAAGGUUUCCUGCUGAAGAAAGGGCCCAAGUUUUACCAACUGCAGACCAUCUAACUGCUAGACUUCAGUCUUUACUCAGUUAUCUCCAGAUGCACA